AUGCUGCCUGACAGGGCAGAGAGGGUCGGUGUGACGCGCACGGUUUUCGUCAUGAAUCGACCGCACCCCUCUUCGUACCUGCGCUUCCCCGUGUACCGUUUUGCACGUACCUCGGCGAGCACUGGCAGCAGUGACACGCAGGCAGCCUGGGAGCGUCGUCCUGGCGAAGUCACCGCGCUAUAUGUGCCUGAAAUUCUCCUCAUCAACACCACAACGGAGCAAGUGUCGUUGCGGUACAAGGACACGGAGAUCGAGGCCCCGUGCGCUGUCCCCAUGGAAAACAUAUCGUCUCUGCCGAGCAUGCCAACUGACGUUGUGCACUUCUCAAAACAACUAGAGGCGCUACUGAGGAGCGAGACGACGCAGCUUGGGACUCAUUCUUCAUUCUUCACGGUUGGUGGCGACACAAAUGUGAUGGAGGUUAAUCCGGCGACGAUGACCGGCGCGGGUGAGCGCGAUGGUUAUCUCGCCGACACCCCUACAACGGUGGGCAGCGGUGGCGAGCGCCGCCGCAGCAGUGGGGACUACGUCUUUAUCGUUGUCGACUACACGACUGCUGCAGCGGCGCGCCAGGAGGGCUACCUAAUGAAGGAGGUUCACUUCGAGCGGUUUCUGAAGACACUGACGACUCUUCUAGAACGCGACAAGACGGCUGCCGUAGGGGCUGCUUCUGGUGUGGCAGGGGCUGAUAACCGCGACAACACCCCUGCGGCGGCGGCAGCCUUCGAGUCUAUCGGUGUGCCGCUGUCAAAGGGUGAUUUGUUGAGCGCUAUGGACUCCACACCGUCGAAAGCGCGUCCAGGCAGGAGUGCCAACGCCGCGUGCAAUACAGUGGCUCACAAUGGCGAGCUUCCUUGCAACCUGUACAAGCAUGGCGACCACCAUGCCGCUUCAGGCAGUGAAACAGGCUCCGUUUAUCCGGAGGUGCGCUUAGCCGACGGAGGCGGCGACGCUGAUAUGACGACCACCUCAAACUCUAAGGAGCCGUCUAGUUACUUGAUGCUACCGAGAAUUGACCCAACAAACAGCGACAGCGACAGCGACGCAGACCCGGUUGUCCGGGGAUGUCAUGUAGAUGCCUCGUCCUCUGCCGGCGUCGCUUCGGCAGCGGCGUCGAAGGGCUAUACGAGUGCUUUGACUGCCGCGUCAAGUCCGGUACUGUUUGGGCUGUGCGCUGUUGUCUCCAAGCGCGACAGCACCGCCCGCCGCGGUGGCGUCACAAAGAGCGUUGCCGUGCUCGGACCAUCACUGACGUGGCUCGAGCCGUUUUUUCCUGUCCUCGUCGCAGCGGCUCAGUGCUGCUGUGCCGUCAACGGCACCGACGAGAGCGCGCUGCAGGAGCUGCAACGCAUCUUGAAGCGCUGCUACUACUCAGUGAAUAAUGCAGCGGCGGUGGUGGCAGCAGGGCGGGCCAAGUUGGACCAGCUCACGGCGGAGAUCAGUGAGUACUGCACCCUGAACAGUGGGCAGCAGGCGUACGUCUACUACAGCGACGCCCCCUUCGGCGACUCCAUCAAAGUCAAACUACCGCUUUUGCCAGAGUCGAGCGACAUGGUGUUCAAGCGGUACAGCCUUGAGAGCCUCAUCGAGGCCCUCGGCCCGUCGUUGCUGCAGCUGCUGCUUGGCAUCCUUACGGAGAAGAAGAUCCUCAUUCUAUCUCGGAAAGGCGAGGCAGCCGACGUGUGUGAGGCGGCCCUCUCGCUCGGUAUCGUCGGCAACAUGCUUGACCGCAACUUUACGGCGCAAAGGGUCUUCCCCUAUGUCUCCGUGAGCAGUGCGGAUCACUUUAUGCAGGUUCCAGGCUACAUUGUGGGAACCCUCAACCCCAUCUUCGACAACGUGAGCUCGUGGGGCUGGGACCUGCUGUGCGACCUCGACAACAAAUCCGUCAUUACGGCAGCAGAGCGACUGCAGCGCAAAACGACGACCCUGUCGUCGUCCGCCAGCAGCAACUGGUCAGCGGCGACGGCUGGUCUGGCGAACGCUGUUGGUGUUGGUGGAGGAAACGACACCGAAGCACUGCGCAACUUUCCUCCUCCACUGCAGCAGCUGUACAAGCAGUUGACGAGCACUAUUUAUCACCUCCGCGCUCUGCGCAUCGGGGCCGUGGAACGGAACCACCGUCUGCAACUGAUAGUGGCGGAUUUUCUCUACACGGUGGUCCUCGUCGGCUACGUGGCCGGUGGCAGUGUGUCGGUGCCAAGUGCGCUCUACCCGACCUUUGCUCAUCGCUCCCUUGCCUCUCUGCGCUCGGAUAUGAUGCUGACGUCCAUGAUGGACAAUGUCCGCAGUCACAUUUUGUAUCGCAGCGAGAACCCCGCCUUGUUACUACACUGUGUGGCGCUGCGCCACUGCACGUUGGGUGAAACACCGGUACAACAGAUACUAGAGGCGCUGCUGUCUCUGCUUAGCACAGCGUACGACGUCAAGCUCUUUCUUCGACGCAUGCCGCUGGCGGUUGGUGGACUAAGCGCAGUGGGCAUGCAGCUGACAAGCCCCUCAGCCGAGGUGCGAGCGGCAGCUGCUGCACUGCUGACGCGCGUGGAGUCUGUGCCAGAGGGAAAGGCUGCAGUCGCCUCCAUGAACAACUUUUUCGUAAUGCUUUAUGAAAACAGUGUGACUGGGAAGAGUCGGUGA